CCGAGUCCAUCAUCUACCGGAGAAAGACUAAACUUUGAGACCGACCCUCCAAUUACUGACCCUCCAAUCACAGACAACCUUCCUGUCACCGACGACGACCUUCCCAAGAUGGCUGCCGACUCCGCCUCUGACGACAGCAAGUUCCUGCGGCAGGACGACGACUUCAGGAACAGUGGUGUGGGGCAGGCUGAUUGGUCGGCCAAGAAGAUGGUGUGGAUCCCGUCAGAGAAGGAGGGGUUUGAGGCCGCCAGCAUCAAGGAGGAGAAGGGAGACGAUGUGCUGGUAGAGUUGGCUAACGGUAGGAAAGCGACAGUCAACAAGGAUGACAUCCAGAAGAUGAACCCUCCUAAGUUCAGUAAGGUGGAGGACAUGGCAGCUCUAACCUGUCUCAACGAGGCCUCUGUCCUCCACAACCUCAAAGAGAGGUACUUCUCCAGCCUCAUCUACGUGAGUACACUCUUACAACAAAUGGGUUCCUAA